UGUAAAUAUUUACAAUUUUGCUUAAAAAUACUAAAAUCUAUAUUUUAUUCUAAAUCGGGGUUUCGUGAUCGGCGUAAAUUAAUAUUUGAAGCGUAGAAUUAUGCUAAAUUUUGUAUUUAAUGGAUAACAAUUUCAUUGCAAAGAGUUUGUUUACUUCACACGCUUGCGUUGUUUUCCGGGUUUGGAAAGACAAAUUGCCUCUGCAAAAACAAUUUAUAUAAUAUUAACGGGAAACAAAUAAUAAUAAUAAUGCCUCCCAGUAAAUUAGAUAGUAUAUACCGCCGUAUGUUAAUAACCCGUUUCUUUGAAAGAGGAUGGGGUAAACCGGAAAAUUUACAAAAAUUAUUUCAAUUUCGCAAAAUUAUUUCGCGUCGUGAUACGUGUUUUCCUUUAGUACCCAAAGAUUACCCAGUACAAAUUGUCAAAGAAGAGAGAUAUCCCGACUGUGUGGUAUUGGAAGGACAUUUCCUUACUCCUUUGGAAUUACAUCUACCAGGUAUAGUGCCUAAGAAAGCACAGACCGCUCAUUUCCAAGUUGUUUUACCUAAUCAUUGGCAGGAUAGGCAUCAACCAAUGUGCAUACACUUGGCAGGAACUGGUGAUCAUUUCUUUUGGAGACGGCGUAAUUUAAUAGCAAAACCUUUGUUAAAGGAGGGAAACAUUGGUUCCAUAAUAUUGGAAAAUCCAUUUUAUGGUACCCGCAAACCGGACAAUCAAGUACGUUCUAAUCUUCAUAAUGUUUCGGAUAUAUUUGUAAUGGGCGGUUGUCUUAUACUAGAAUGCCUGGUCUUACUACAUUGGUGUGAACGUAAUGGCUUUGGGCCCUUGGGUAUAACCGGUUUGUCAAUGGGAGGACAUAUGGCCUCUUUGGCUGCUACUAAUUGGCCGAAACCUCUAGUACUAGUGCCUUGUCUUUCGUGGUCGACAGCUGCUACAGUUUUUACCACGGGGGUUAUGAGCCAAUCGAUUAAUUGGGAUAUGCUGGAGACCCAAUACUAUUCCGAUGGCAAAUACUGUGAGCGAUUAUCAAAAAUGGUCACGGUCAUUGAUGAUGCCUUUAUGGCAGGACAAAAAUUUAUACGCAAUUUUAGCCAAUCUAUGAUUGAACUAGAAGAAGAUAUUAAAAACUCAAAAACCAACAAUUUACCCAACUCGAAAAAUACUCCUGAAGAUAAUCACUCUUUAACUAGACUAAUGAAAUACAUACUACCCACGACUAGUAAUGAUAAUAAAAUAAAUAUAACGAAAAUCAAUUGGUGGGAACGUGAAGCCUUACAGUUUAUGCGUGGCAUGAUGGAUGAAUGCACGCAUCUGAAAAAUUUUUCCGUACCCAAAGAAACUUCUCUAACAAUUGCGGUUUGUGCCAAAGAUGAUGCUUAUGUGCCGCGCGAAGGUUGUACGGGUUUAGAGGAUAUAUGGCCGGGAGCAGAAAUUCGUUAUUUAGAUGCUGGUCACGUGAGCGCUUAUGUUUUGUAUCAGAAACUUUUUCGAUCGUGUAUUAUAGAGGCAUUCGAAAGAGCGAAGAAGUUGGAGACCGGUGUAAAUAAUGAAAACACAGACAACAAACUGACGUAUCAUCAACUUUUGGACAAAUAUGUAAACGCGUUGUAACAGUGGCAAUAUUUAACCUUUUUAUAUAGUGUAAUUUUUUUUCUUAAAAGGGCUAGUUUUAUAGGAAAUUCCAUAGUUUAUUAUACCUUUUGAAAUGCUGUUUUUCAGUUUAGUUUAUUUUUGUAUGAGCCAUGAGCAGUAUAGAUAUUACACAGGUCAACAGAAUUUUUAAAAAGUAGAACUCCAGUGUUCAAAUUAUACACUUCUACAGGAAAGAGCUGUGUUGGCCAUAUUUGAGACAUUAUAGUAGCACAAGGACUUUUAUAAUUUUGUUAUAUCAUAUGCAUGUCCAAUCUGUCGAGUAUAAAACAAAGAUCUAAAUUUUUUGUAUCUUCUCCCUUCUAAGAGAUAUAAUAUUUCCAUUAUUUCACGGCAAACACUUCGAACGAUAUCUCAGUUAAUACAAGAUAUUUAAAAUUUGCUGUCCAGUGUUAU